AUGGUAAUCGAGAGAGCAUGGGAUGGAAUUGAGUGCAACCCUUCAACAGGCCGAGUGAUCAAGUUGGAACGUUUCGGCGUUUUCGACGACGACGGCGAUGUGCGCGUAGACACCCCAAUGUCCGGAACACUGUCCCCGUUUCUUGGGAACCUCUCUUCCCUUCAACUUCUCAAUCUGGCCGAGCUGCAGAACUUAACGGGCACCAUCCCGUUUGAACUAGGCAAGCUCACUAACUUGCGCGAAAUGUACCUAGAAUCAAACAGUCUCGAAGGAUCAAUCCCGAGCUCCUUUGAGGACUUAAGUCUACUACAAAUGCUCAGUCUUAGCCAAAACCGUCUAGUGGGCCCCAUCCCUCGUAAUCUUUUCAAGAAAAUGACAUCAUUAAAAUACCUCUUUUUCGACAACAACAAUUUGAGCGGAAGCAUCCCACCGUCCAUUGGGAACAUGAAAUCCGUCCAAUACAUCUAUCUAUUCAACAACAAACUUUCUGGCUCGAUCCCAAACUCCAUAGGCAAUCUACGACGAGCCAACACCCUGAAUCUCAAAAACAACAAUCUCAGCGGAAACAUCCCCACAAGUAUCCGCAACAUGAUGGGUCUCGUCAAUAUAAUCUUCAACAACAACAACCUCACUGGCAAAAUCCCACCCCAACUCGCCAACUUGCGCGGCCUCCAAUAUAUAGACCUUUCUAGAAACUCCCUCACAGGGAAGAUUUCGGAGGGAAUCUUGAAUCUUGAGAGUCUCGGCCAGUUUAAUGUUUCGUGGAAUCGGUUGAGUGGGAAGAUUCCGCCGCAUAAAUUCGGUUUUCCGGCUUCGGAUUUUGCUGGGAAUCCUGGUUUAUGUGGAGCUCCACUUGCUCCGUGUAACAACUAA